UUUCGAAGCUGCAAAGGUUCCUUCAGCUGGUAUUGCUGGCUAUCAAUCCCAAUUCCUUCACCGAUUGCUGGAUCAUAUUGAUCUUAUAGCUCUCAUACUCAUCCGAUUAAUAUCGCCCGUCAGAAUCUCACCCCGUCAACCCCGAGUCUAGUUGAGCUCGGUUCCGGCAAGAUGCCUCUUUUCGUCCUCACCGAGACCAGCGCUGGUUAUGCGCUGCUGAAGGCGAAGGACAAGAAACUUCUCAAACGAGAUGACUUAUCGGAGAAGUCGAGCACGGCCGAGGGGCUGUGCGACAUGCUCAAGCUGAAGAAGUUCCGAAAAUUCGAAAAUGCUACAGAGGCUCUCGACGAAGCAGCGGCCGUGAUGGAAGGAAAGGUCACGCCGGUCCUGUCAAAACUACUCGACGAGCUGAAGGAGGAGACCAAGGCCUCAUUAACAGUUGCCGACCCGAAACUGGCGAACGCAAUCAACAAGCUCCCACAGCUAUCGCUAGCCCCUAUUGCCGACUCGACGACUGAGGACCUGUAUCGUGCUAUUCGUCAACAUCUCCCGUCACUGAUUCCUGGCUUGCUUCCUACUGAUAUCGACACGAUGAAUCUCGGUCUAUCGCAUUCGCUUUCCCGGCACAAGCUCAAGUUCUCACCCGACAAGGUCGACACCAUGAUCGUUCAGGCCAUCAACCUUCUCGACGAUCUUGACAAAGAACUGAACGUGUAUGCGAUGAGAGUCAAGGAGUGGUAUGGCUGGCAUUUCCCCGAGAUGGCCCGCAUCAUCAAUGACAAUAUGGCUUACGCUCGGGUUGUCAUCCAUGUGGGCAUGAGAUCAAAUGCGUCCUCAUCUGAUCUGACAGAUAUCCUCCCGGAAGAAAUCGAGGGAGCCGUCAAGGCUGCCGCAGAGAUUUCGAUGGGCACGGAAAUCACGGAUGAGGAUCUGGAGAACAUCAAGGCCCUUGCAGAGCAGGUCAUCUCCUUCUCCGAGUACCGUAUCGAGCUGGCCAACUACUUGAACUCAAGGAUGGUGGCCCUUGCGCCGAAUCUCACCACCCUGGUCGGUGAUCUUGUCGGUGCGCGUUUGAUCGCACACGCUGGAAGUCUUCUGAACUUGGCUAAGAGCCCGGGAAGUACGAUCCAGAUCAUCGGAGCCGAAAAGGCGCUAUUCCGAGCUCUAAAGACGAAACAUGACACGCCCAAGUAUGGUCUGAUCUAUCACGCUUCCCUGGUUGGCCAGGCAAGUGGAAAGAAUAAGGGCAAAAUCGCACGUAUGCUGGCGGCCAAGACUGCCCUGGGACUUCGUGCCGAUGCCCUUUCCGACUGGGGAACCGCCGGCGCCGGCAAGGGCCCCGAGCCGUCGGAAGAGGACAAGGCACUCUUCGGUGUUGCGUCACGAAUCAAGAUCGAGCAGAGGUUACGGGCGCUGGAAGGCAAGCCUUUGGCUGCCAGGGGAACGGCCAUUGGGCCCGGAGGCCAGACUCAGAACCAGCCGAAGUGGGAGGUCAAGGAGGCGCGGAAGUAUAAUGCCGACGCGGAUGGCCUUCAAGGAGACGAGCCCGCCGGUCACGCCGACCAACGAGAAACCGUGCCUACCAAUGGCACCAAAGCCGAAGCUAUGGAUGUGGAUGAGGACGAAGAGUCCGACGAGGAGAUGGAAGAUCAGGCCGAAGCUGGUGCCACCAACGGGACCGCCAAGGAUGAUCGGGCCGCAAAGAAGGCCGAGAAGAAGGCUCGCAAGGAAGCUAAGGCCGAGAAGAAGCGGCUGAAGGAGGAGAAGAAGGCCGCUAAGGAGGGCAAGGGCUCGAAGGAAGAGAAGAAGCGGAAGCGCGGCGCCAACGACGACGAGGGCAAGAAGAAGAAGAAGAAGUCCCGCGGCGAUUGAGCCGACAUCCCUGUCUUCUCCCUCCCUUGAUUUCGUACCGCCAUUCUAUUUCCAAAAUGAAUUGCUGUGGAAGUUUCUUGAUGUUCUGGAGCAUGGGCGUCGGAGACUACUUCUUGUUCGCGGCCUUCGCGUCACGGACCUGAACCGUCCUUCUUCUGUUGGGUACAUGGACGGCGUGAGGAGUGCCUCAUCAUUUCGGAUGCAAAAGGGGAUGGGGGGUAUACGUGUUUGCGAGUUUAUUUAAUUGUAUAGCUUUCAAUGCAAUGCCUUUUCAAAAG